UGGUCCUAGAGGAGUGUGUCCUAAUUUAAUAGAGCCGCCCAAUUGCAGCACCUCGGGGUUGAGAAAAAGUCAGCGGGAUGAGAGAUGCAAGCUCGGGCUAGGGUUGUGUGCACCUGGGCUGGUGUCAGCAGCCCAGCCUUGAGCAUUCACCUGGAUCUUGGUCCCAUGUGGUUCCUUCCUCAUUGCUCUUCCUGGUUUUCCUCUGCGACACUGGAGAGUGUGUCUGAUGCCCCCGGACCAGUGACUUUUACAGCAGUAGAAGUGGUCAGGAUGGCUGGAAAGGGUCUGUGCCCGCCAGGUCCCAAGGUGAAUGGAUAAUGGCUCGGCUGGAAUAGAGAUCUGUCCCAUGGUCCCAAUCUAGGUCUUCACAGGGAGAGACAUUCGGAGCCCUCAUUCUCUGAAGUGGACAACCUCACCUCCUGCCACACACCUGUCAGGACUCCGGAGACCCCAACCCGCCCAGGCACACCAUGGCGGACAAGAAGGGUCAGGACAUAGAAGCAUGGAGGCAAGUAUUUCAGAUGUUAAUUCAGGAGGUGAAACCAUGGCACAAAUGGACCCUCACAGCAGACAAGGGCCUUCUUUCCAACGUCCUGCAGCCGGGCUGGAUGCAAUACCAGCUGUGGACUUUCGCCAGGUUCCAGUGUUCUUCCUGCUCUCGCAGUUGGGCCUCUGCCCAUGUCCAGGUCCUUUUCCACAUGCACUGGAGUGAGAAGAAGCACAGGGGCCAGGUGAAGAUGAGGGUCUUUGCCCAGAGAUGUAAGAAGUGCCCCCAGGCUCCAUUUGAGGUCCCUGAAUUCACACAGGAGAACAUCUCAAGGGUCCUGAAUAACCUGGUGAUCCGGAUUCUGAAGAAAUGCUACAGAGAAGGAUUUAAGAUUGUAGAGGAGAUUCCUGCGAUCAAGGAUAUCUGUCUUCAAGGGCCACAUGACAGUCAAAACUGUGAGGCAUGUCUGCAGGGAUCCUGUGCUCAGAGUGGGUUGGGCCUGGCCAAGGAGUCACCAGUGCCCACGCCCUCCAAGGAUGCUGGGGAACCCAGGCUAACUGCGGCUUGUACCAAUCUCCCCUGCUCACCAUCAGCCUCUAGAGUGGACAAGAUCCUUACAUCAGCAGUGAGCCUCAAAGUCUCUAACCCUCCCAAGGCUGACCCCAAGGUCAGACACAGCUCAGAACCACCAACUGCUCCAAGAAUUCUAAACCCACAGGUGCCACCCAUGUCAACAGUGAGCCCCCAAAUCUCUAACCCUCCCAAGGCUGACCCCAAGGUCAGACACAGCUCAGAACCACCAACUGCUCCAAGAAUUCUAAACCCACAGGUGCCACCCAUGUCAACAGUGAGCCCCCAAAUCUCUAACCCUCCCAAGGCUGACCCCAAGGUCAGACACAGCUCAGAACCACCAACUGCUCCAAGAUGUCUAACCCCACAGGUGUCACCCAGGUCCACAGUGAAUCCCAAAGUCCCUGACUCUCCCAAGGCUGACCCCAAGGUCAGACCCAGCUCAAAACCACCAAAUGCUCCAAGAUUUCCAACCCAACAGGUGCCACCCAGAAGCUCACCUCCUCCUGUGCGGGCCACUCGAAUGCCUUCUCCCACAAAGAACAACACAGCAACAGAUGCAGCAGCCAGGGUCACCAGACCAAAGACAGGAAAUCUAUUGCCCUCCUCCCCCUUGCUGGCUUUGCCCAUCCGCCCUGCAAACUUCCCCACUUCUUGGAGCCCAGAAGCAAACACCACUUGCCAGAUGGAGAGUCGAAUCCAGAUCUACCCCGAAAGUGGGCAUUUCUAUUCCAGCCCAUCCCGGAAUUGCGUAUCAGGGUGCUUAAGCACUUCCUGCUGUUGUCUCCUUCUAAUCAUUGUUGUCGUUGUCACAAUGAUUAUGGUAAAAAAUACUUUCUGAGCCUCAAAAACCUGACACUAAGUGAAACAAGAAAUUAAAAUCUGGACAUGAAAUGUCACAUAUUAGUAUGAUCCCUGUGAUAUGAAAUGUCCAAAAAAUCCACAGAUAGGAAGUAGAUGGGUGUCUACUGGGGCCUGCAGGAAGGAGGAAACGAGAAGUGAGUUCUUAAUCCAUAUGGGGGCUUUGUUUGAGAUGGGGUGAUGAAUCUGUUUGGGAAUGAGAUGGAGCUGGGGGUUGCACCACAGAACCAAUAAACUAAAAGCCAUUGAAGUGGUCAUUUCAAAAAGUUUAAUUUUGUGAUGUGACUCUCACCUCGAUAUUUUAAAAAGCACUAUAGUUUUGUUCAUUCUUGAGAGAACUGAAUCUGAAGUGGUUAGAACUCAGAAAUUUGGAGAUCUUAUGAAACCUGUGAGCCUUCUUACCAGUAAAUUUUGCACAAACCCUCUGAUAUCAGUCUGUGGAGGCAUUUGCAGUAAAGGCUUUAGGCUGAAAACCCGGGUACUCAAAAGACAGUGGGUGGGGCUGGGGUUGUGGCUCUGUGGUAGAGCACUUGCUGGGCAUGUAUGAGGCCCUGGGUUCUCAGCAUCGCAUAUAAAUAAAUAAACAAAGUAAAAGAUCCAUUUACAACUAAAAUAUAUAUUAAAAAGACAGUGGACUCCACAGGGGUGCGUACAGCUAAGGGGUAAGGCAGGAUGAGACACUGGGGAGGGGCAGGCAUGAGGCACUGGGUUCAAUCCUCAGCACCACAUAAAAAUAAAAUGAUGAUAUUGU